GUGCAGAGGGAAAAUUUUGUUCCUACAGGUUUUUAAGGAGGUGCAUGGAAAAGCGAGAGAUCUGAUCUAUGCAGAUACAUUGCAAAUUCUCUCUGUCUGUAGUGAUUUUUUUCUAAAAAAAAAAAAAUUGGGGAAAUACAUGAACUUUGGAUUUUUCAAUUUUUUCUUUUUUUUUUUCUUUUUUCUUUUUCUUUGUUAUUUUUUGUUGUCUUUUUUUUCUUUUUUUUUUUUUUUUUUAAUUUGGAGAGACGAAUUUUAUCCCGAGUACUUUUCUCUCUCUUUUUCUCUUUUUCCUUUUUUUUUUUUUUUUCGGAGAACCAAAAAAUGUCAACUACCUUUCCAGGUCUCGUCCACGAUGCAGAGAUACGUCAUGACGGAUCAAACAGUUACCGAUUGAUGCAGCUUGGAUGCCUGGAGUCUGUGGCCAACUCGACCGUCGCCUAUUCCUCCUCGUCUCCUCUCACUUACUCUACCACGGGCACCGAGUUCGCCUCCCCGUACUUCUCCACUAACCACCAGUACACCCCGCUGCACCACCAGUCCUUCCACUACGAGUUCCAACACAGCCACCCGGCAGUCAACCCCGACGCUUACUCCUUGAACUCUCUCCAUCACUCCCAGCAAUAUUACCAGCAGAUCCACCAUGGGGAACCCACUGAUUUUAUCAACCUGCACAAUGCGCGGGCGCUCAAGUCCUCUUGCUUGGACGAGCAGAGGAGAGAGCUGGGGUGCUUAGAUGCUUAUCGCCGCCACGACCUGUCUCUUAUGAGCCAUGGAUCCCAAUAUGGGAUGCAUCCAGAUCAAAGACUCCUGCCAGGACCAAGCCUCGGGCUUGCAGCCUCGGGAGCAGACGAUUUGCAGAGCUCAGUGGAGGCCCAGUGUGGACUUGUACUGAACGGGCAAGGAGGUGUGAUAAGAAGAGGUGGCACCUGUGUUGUUAACCCCACCGACCUGUUCUGCUCUGUUCCCGGUCGCUUAUCUCUACUCAGCUCCACUUCGAAGUACAAAGUGACCAUUGCAGAGGUGAAGAGGCGCCUUUCACCACCAGAAUGCCUCAAUGCUUCCCUCUUAGGAGGUAUUUUGAGAAGAGCAAAAUCCAAGAAUGGAGGACGCUGCUUGAGAGAAAAAUUAGACAGACUGGGACUGAAUUUGCCUGCAGGAAGAAGAAAAGCAGCAAAUGUCACACUCUUGACUUCCUUGGUAGAAGGGGAAGCAUUACAUUUGGCCAGAGAUUUUGGCUACACCUGUGAAACAGAGUUCCCUGCCAAGGCAGUAGGAGAGCAUAUCGCCAGACAGCACAUGGAACAGAAAGAGCAGACAGCGAGGAAAAAGAUGAUCCUAGCGACAAAACAAAUAUGUAAAGAAUUCCAAGACCUUCUAAGUCAAGACAGAUCACCCCUUGGAUCUUCCAGACCGACUCCAAUAUUAGACCUCGACAUCCAGAGACAUUUAACACAUUUCAGUUUGAUCACUCAUGGUUUUGGAACUCCUGCAAUAUGUGCUGCCCUAAGCACUUUCCAAACUGUUCUCAGUGAAAUGCUGAACUACUUGGAAAAGCACACAUCGCACAAAAACGGAGGAGCGGCGGAAUCUGGCCAAGGACACGCCAACUCAGAGAAAGCCCCCCUGCGGAAAACUUCAGAGGCUGCUGUGAAAGAGGGCAAAACAGAAAAGACAGACUAGCUACAUCAAACAGAAUCUAUUUCAAGAGAGUCUUGCUGCUGAUAUUUUUUUUAAAUAUAUAUAUCAUUGAGGGCAAUUUAUCUCCAGUGGACCAAAUCCAAAAAAAAAAAAAAAAAGGGGAAAAAAGAAAAAAGAAAAAAAAAGAAAAAAAAAAGAAACAAACAAAAAUGAAAAUAAAAAAGAGAAAGAUUAAAACAGAGAGAAAGAGGGAGUGUGAGAGAGGAAAGUAUUCAACCCUAAGGACAGCAGUGUACAGUAAUUGUGUGAUGAAAUUGUCACUUUUUUAAAAUUUAUGUUGCUCUAAACUACUGUUUUGUGCACGUAGUAUUUGAUUGUUCUGAAUGAUACACUAACACUGUUUUUUAUAAGCACUUCUGGACUUGGCUGAGGUGGCACAUGAAAUCUGAAGCACUUUCUUCUCCAGCAGCACAGUUAAGGCCAGCGCAUCAGUUGUGGGACACACAGUUCCAGCAUCCUGGCUUUGCUGGCAUGCUGGAUAGAUUGAAAGAAGGGCUUCCUCUGAUCCAUUGGAAAUGCCUGAUCUACUCACUAUUGGGAAAACAAUAAGGAAACCUGGCAAAAGAGGAGUUCUUGGGCCGUGGGACAAAUGAACUGUUUGGUGUUGGGGACUGCUCAUCCCCAAGUGGGAAUGUACAAUAAAGCUGCACUGGAAUGAGGCCAGAACCUGUUGGGAAUCUGUCCUGACCAUUCAAGCAGCAGCUGUGGUGUCUUUUGUGAAAAGAGCAUGGCAGACUAAAAUGAAAAAAAAAAAAACAACAACAACAAA